AUACUUAAGAAAGAUUGGUAAACCUGGGGAGUUUAUGUGCAAGCUAUAAAUACGAAGUGCUCCGAAUUUGAAAUUGACGAGAGAUUUCACUUACUGAAAGCGAUGAAGUUAUAACUGGGCAUUACCUGGGAAAAUGGAUAUUACCUUUUAAAGGACUUAGGAAAAAUAAAGAAUCAUUAUCCUUCGCGUGCUAACAGUUAUUUUGCACGGAUUGCCAGGAAACGUGUUCUUACGCAUCUGUUUAACUGCAGCUGUUUAACUGAGGUACAGUGGGGCAUUUUUCUUAAAUAUUCUUAACGGUUUUGCAAGCCUUACUGACCAAUGAAAACGAAUGUCUUGUAGUCAGCACAGUUGAAACCCAAGAGUAUAGAAGAUCCAAAAUGAUUGUGCGCGUGUUUCAGGAGAUCUUCAGGCCAUCUCUGCAGACAUUUUUAUUGGCCUCCAUGUCAUUUCUGGUAGCCAUGCACUUUUGGAAAUGGUUUCACCAAAGGAUCAGAUGCUCCAAAAACAAACCGGGUCCUCCUGGGCCAUUAUCGUGGCCAGUGAUUGGAAACGCAGCUCAGCUCGGGAGCCUUCCCCACGCCGUUUUCUCUAAAAUGGCACAGAAGUACGGAAACGUCUUUCGCAUCAAGCUGGGAAACCGCGUUGUUGUGGUACUAAACGGAGAAGAUGCUAUUAAGGAGGCCCUCAUCAAGAAAGGCGUGGAUUUUGCGGGGAGACCAGAUUUCACGUCAUUCAAGGUAAUAUCUGGGGGAAAAGGCAUGGCAUUUAACGACUACAGCGAUCUUUGGAAAAUCCACAGAAAGGUUGCCCAUUCCACAAUCCGGCAUUUCUCCACCUGCAAUCAUGAAGCGAGAAAAUCGUUCGAACAGGGCAUACUUAGCGAGAUCAAAGAAGUCAUAGGCGUCUUUUUAAAAAAAAGUGAAGAUGAAAAAUUUUUUGAGGCUGGCACAUUUUUAGCAGUGGCUGUAGCCAACACAAUGAGUGCAGUGUGUUUUGGAAAAAGGUACAGCUACGAUGACGCCGAAUUUCAGUCUUUGAUUGGCAGGAACGACCAGUUUGCCAAAACUGUGGGGGCCGGGAGCAUUGUGGAUGUCAUGCCGUGGCUACAGAGCUUCCCAAACCCUAUAAAGACGAUGUUUGACAACUUUAAAACCCUCAACGAGGAGUUUUAUGACUUCAUCUACGGCAAAGUGGUUCAGCACCGAGCGACCCUCAAAGCUGGCACCAUUCGAGACAUGACUGAUGCCUUCAUCGUGGCUCUGGACCAGGGGAAAGAGGUAAAGAACGGAGCAGUUCUCGGAAAAGAACACGUGCCUCCAACUGUUAAUGACAUCUUCGGAGCAAGUCAAGAUACGCUUUCCACGGCCAUGCACUGGAUGUUUCGUUUACUUGUAAGGUUUCCAGAUGUCCAGGAAAAACUACAAAAAGAGAUCGAUGAAGUUGUUGGAAGAAACCGCCUACCGUGCAUUGAAGAUCAACAGAACUUGCCAAAUGUUGUGGCGUUUAUCUUUGAGACAAUGCGUUUCAGCAGCUUUGUACCAGUUACAAUACCCCAUGCAACUACGGUUGACACAUCUGUCAUGGGCUAUCACAUCCCAAAAAACACAGUGGUAUUUAUUAACCAGUGGUCAGUCAAUCAUGAUCCCCAAAAGUGGUCCAAUCCAGAUGUAUUUGACCCAACAAGGUUCUUGGAUGAAAACGGGACCCUCAACAAGGACCUUAUAAGCAGUGUUAUGAUCUUUUCUGUAGGCAAAAGGAGAUGCAUCGGGGAUGAGCUGUCUAAAAUGGUCCUGUUCCUUUUUGUCUCCGUUUUGCUUCAUCAGUGUAAAUUUACUGCUGACCCCAAUGGAUCAAGAACUAUUGAAUCUUUUUAUGGUUUAACUUUAAAACCAAAACCAUUUAAAAUUGGGGUGACAAGCCGGGUUCCUGUCUAAUUCCUCUAAGAGUGACAGGAAAAAGAAUAUAGAGCCAGUAAAGCCAACAAAAUGGAAUCCACAGCUAUGAAGGUACAGGUGAAACUGGAAGGCUGCCGAGAGCUAAGCACCAGCCUUUGAUUAGCGCAGGUCUACCUUAUCCCAUGGAUUCCUUAACUUGCCUUGAGGUGUAAUGUUAAGAUAUGUUGAAGUUCAUAUGCUUAUUUCUUUGUAUUUUUUUUUAAGCACAAUUCCCGUUUAGUGAGUAUUUUGGUGAGACUGAAUUACCUUACAAGUACAGAAUAAGGGUGAAUUUAAAAUGAAACAUUCAGUUAAGGAAAGUCGAGAAACAGUGAAAAUCAAUAGUGGACAUUUAGAUUGGAAUUGGACUAUUUUCCUCAAAGUGGGGAUUUUUUUUUUUAUUGUUUAUCAUGCAUUUUGAAUUUGGACAAUUUUAGAUCCUAUAGGGAAGACAUUGGAGUCACCUAAAGCUACACAUUCUUAAUUGUGGAUUUAAAAAAAAUAUCAUAGUAUGCUUUGUACUGUACAGACACAGCAUGGAAUACUGAAAAAGGUAUAUUUAUAUUUGAAACAGUUUUGUGUAGCAGCACAACACCCUGAUAAGUCGUCACUCUCCGCCUGAAGACUUCACUGUGACCUUCCAUUAUCUGUAACAUGUAGAUGGGUCACAAUAAUUCACACACCAUCUCUGUCAGUUUUUAGUUUUAGUAAUAUAGAACCGGUGCUUCAUCCUUUCUUUAUGAAAUGUACAUAUCAAGAACGGGCAGCAUGGUGGCGCAGUGGGUAGCGCUGCUGCCUCGCAGUAAGGAGACCAGGGUUCACUUCCCGGGUCCUCCCUGCGUGGAGUUUCCUCCGGGUACUCCGGUUUCCUCCCACAGUCCAAAGACAUGCAGGUUCGGUGCAUUGGUGAUCCUAAAUUAUCCCUAAUGUGUGCUUGGUGUGUGUGUGUGUGUGUGUGCGCCCUGCCCGGGGUUUGUUUCCUGCCUUGUGCCCUGUGUUGGCUGAAAUUGGCUCCAGCAGACCCCCGUGACCCUGUGUUCAGAUUCAGUGGGUUGGACAAUGGAUGGAUGGAGACCCCCAUGACCCUGUAGUUAUAAAAUGGAAGGAUAUAGGAUAUAGCAGGUGGGAUGAUGGAUGGAUGGACAUAUCAAGAACACACAUCAGGGAAUGCCAGCCUCUGGGGACAUGUAUAUGGAAGAAAGCUGUGAAGACGUUUUCAUGCUACACAUAGCUGAUAAAAUAAGAGAUGCUCAUUACAGUCUUGCCAUUUUAUAACCUACACAUAAGCUUCAUGAAUGUCUACUGUACUUAAUAGAAAUUUUAAUUGUAUUUAGCUACUGAAAUGCACUGAUAUAUUGGACUUGUGUACUGACAGGGUUAUUGUAGGUAAACCACUGCUCAUAUCAGACUAACCUGGAGAAUGAUGAGGAUGUUGUCACUUUGGUUCUUGUCACAGCAAGAAGUGAUGUGAAUUGUAUUUAUCAAUGUGUACAUUUUGUGUAUGUGUCAGUUUGUGUACACGUCCAUCCAAUAAAAUCACUUAACCCAGUUAGGGACCAGAGCCUAUUCCAAAAGCGCAGGGUGCAAGACAAGAAGCAAUCCUGGAUAGGGGACCAGAUCAUCCCUGGGCACGUCACAGUCAAAUGUAUAUGUAAGUUGCUUAAAUGACUAAGUUAAGAUGAUAAGAGUGAAAUUAUGUAAUAUAUAUAAAAUCAUAUAUGAUGUGUGGCUUUGUCCAUUAAGUAAUUUGGUAAACCCUUAAUGUUUAAGAUUCCUGCUCUCUUAACAAAACUACCACAAUGGCUCGUCCUGCAGAGUUGAAUGUAAACCAAGGCGCACUUCUCAGUAUGUCUCGUAAAUUCAACCACAGGAUCCGCUUCUGCUUCACCACAUUUGCUAUAUUAUUUUAAAGCAGCCGACAAUUUAAUACGUUCUUGCUUGUUUAUUGCCACAAGCCUGAAUGCUAAAUAGUAUUACGUUGUAGCUUUUAAUUAAUGAUUAAACAUUGCAGAGAAUGAGAGCCUAUUUAAAAGUUCUUGCUGUCCAAGGAGACACACGUUCUCCUCCGUCUUUAUUGCGAAAUCACACACAUUUGAAGUUGUUAACAUGGGCUCACAGAGCAGCUUUGGAAAUGGUGACACAGUUUAAUAUGCGAUUGUCUUCUUAUUGGCGCAGGCACACUUCAGUAGCGUCAUAAGGCAUUAUCUCGUAGGCAUUGGCACAAAAAAUAUUUAUGUUUGAUACUUUAUCUCGCUUAAAGCGUGCACUCACGCACGCACGCACGCACAUCCAAUGAUGGCAUUAAUUUGGAAGACCACCCAGGGAUGCACGUAAUCUUAACAUAGCAGCCUCACAGUUGGGUUUUGCUGUGCUCUCAGGUCCCAGUUAAAUCUUGAGAACACAACAUUCACUCUGCUGAUUCAAUUCGCAUUGCACGUGACGAAUGAAUGGAAGUGCCCUCGGUUUUUGAUUGUUUGAUGUUUAUGAUGUUUACGUUUGUCUGUAUUUCAGUGUAUUGUUGCUGACAUUAAGAACACAAAGUAGUUGUAUUUGGUAAACACAAGUGUAUUUUUGUGAGUUUAAAGUCACCUCCUUUUCUGUGUACACGAUACAGUUUUGGUUUUGUUUGAGGCUUUACAAUUCGGUCCCGGUAAGGAGUAAUUACACAAUGCUAAUUGAAAUGGAAAAACUCUGAAAGCAACUUGCUUUGCAUUCAACUUUUGCUCGUUAUUUAUAUAAGCAGUGUCUCAGAAUACAUGAAAACAAAAACCAAAAAGGAAGGAGAUGACUGGAAUUCACUUUUACUUGUUCAUUACCAAUGGUUUGAAUCAGUACAAUGGAGAAUGGGAAAAUGUUUCUAGGUUGCCCACUUUUCAGAAACUUACAUUUUUAGUUGGCUGUUAAUUAAAAAUGAUGAAAUUUCUCUUGCUAACAGCCAGUCCUCUCAUGACAGCUUCCAGAAAAAAAUAUUUUAAAGAAUGAAUGCCUUCGAUCAUUCACAGACUAUAUUCUUGGAGUCAAACAAAUGAAUGCCACAGACUUUAGUUUCGAUACAAACUUAAAGUAUUAAGCAGCCUGCUCUCUAAAAUGAGUGGUGAUUAGCGGAGAGGCCUAAUCUUUAUCAUAGUCUGCUCUUCUGUUUUUUAAACCUCCAUCGGUUUGAAUGCUGUCAACACUGGACAACUGGCUUUAACCAAAGUUUAGAGAGGAAACAAUUAGCAGGUGUUCAGUCUUGUUAAUAGAAAAACUCCAAAAAAUGACUGCUAUGGAUAACAUGAGCCUUCUGACAAAUGAAACGAGUGACAGUUGUUUGUCAAAUCAGGAAUCUCAGGUGCCAAUAAGUUACCCAACUUGUGUGAACUUAGCCUGUGUCUGUGAAUUGCUGUAUUAAACUUCACAAGAUGCCUAGAUUUGAAAACAAGGGAAAAGGGACAUAACAUUUGACAUCAUUUAACUGUGAAAGUCUCUGCCGCAGGACCAGUCCGUGCCCGAUAAAUCGUCAAAACUGAGAAGAGUAGAACAACAGCAGGAGAUGUCUAAGUAGUGUUAUUUAAACAAUGUAUUUUCUUACAAGCUUACAGUUAUCUGGAUAGCUGCUAUUCUUUUAUAUUAUCAAUGUUUGAAUUAACUUGCACAGUACUUUUACAGUUUGAUCAUUUAUUUCAUGUAUUUUAAAGAAAUCCAUAAUAUAUUUUCUAUGUCUUAUAUGUUGUUUGAAAUUAUAAACAUAUUUCUAGUGCCAAGCAAGCUAACAUUUAGCUUUAUUU